GGGCUGACUGACUCGCGGGCUUGCGUUGUGUGUUGGUCGAGAGAGACAACAGCGACAGUCCGCAGUUAUUAACGCAGUUUCUUGGGUCGUCUAGCAUGGCCCUUUCAUAAUUCAAACUCAAAUUAAGCUCGCAGAACUGCUAGCGCUAAGGACAGUGCGUUGUUGUUAUCAGUAGAUACGAUGUGUGCGAAAUUCCAGCCCUUUGGCUUCAUUGCCCUCGCCUCGGUGUUGUCAUUAGAUUCUCCCGACCAUCCCACCCCUGGCUGUCUGUGAGGCCUCCCAGCAGGCAAUGUUGUCUCUCACCACCCACUCUGUGCACAAACCGAAAGCUAGAAGCUAGCCUCAACCACUUUCUGUCAAUAGAAACCUACCAGGAUGAGUGGCGAUGAGAUGAACCCAGCAGCAGUGGCCCAGGCAGUGGAGGAUAUACAGGGAGACGACCGCUGGAUGGCCCAGCACACGCGGUUUGUUCAGGAGUGUAAAGAUGCAGAACCAGAGGUGCUGUUUAUUGGAGACUCCAUGGUGCAGCUAAUGCAGCAGUACGAGAUCUGGCGGGAGCUCUUCUCUCCUCUGCACUCGCUCAACUUUGGCAUCGGGGGAGACACCACCUGUAAUGUGCUGUGGAGGCUGCAGAAUGGAGAACUGGACAACAUUGGGCCUAAGGUGACGGUGGUGUGGGUAGGAACCAACAAUCAUGAGCAUUCGGCAGAGCAAGUUGCAGGGGGAAUCCUUGCCAUUGCACAACUGCUCACCUCCCGUCUUCCUAAGACUAAGGUUGUUGUUCUGGGUCUGUUGGCACGGGGCGAGUGGCCCAACCCGCUGCGGGAGAAGAACGUGGCGGUGAACAGCUUCCUGCGUUCCUGGCUGCCACGGCUGGGCCAGACCCAGUUCCUGGAUGUGGGGGCGGGCUUCGUGCACUCUGACGGGACCAUCUCCACCAGGGACAUGUUUGACUUCCUGCACCUGACAGCGGCGGGCUACCGGGCCAUCGCCAAGCCCCUCAUUGACCUGCUGCGGCAGAUACUGGAGGAGACGCCUGAGGAGAAGAAGGCCUCGCUGCUCUGAGGGCCUCGCUGCUCUGAGGGCCUCGCUGCUCUGAGGGCCUCGCUGCUCUGAGGGCCUCGCUGCUCUGAGGGCCUCGCUGCUC